AAACAAUUUGGCAUCAAUUAAUCAUUAAAUUAUUUCUCCUAUCUUCUUUCUUUGUUUCUGAUACUCUUCCCCGCAAAGACGCUUUCACCUUCACCACUGUAUCAGCUCCCCAUCCCACAACCGAGCCGUGUCUUCUCCGUCGCGUCCGAAAACAGGGCUGUGUCUGGCCCAAAGAAGGGUGUUCGACACCGUCUCGCGCACGCUCCCGCUGAGUGUCUGUGUCCGCACCGCGUCGGAAGCGGAGAAGCACGGCCUCCGAGCCGUGUCGGAGCUUCACCUAAUCUAUUAAUACUCUAUCGGUUAGUUUGGAGAAAUCUUCACAAUCCCUUUUUCAAUCAAGUUUUUAAACUGCGUAAUACGACGUUUUUGAACUUCUGUUAUUGAAGAACGGUGAAGGGAACUUCCAGAGUAAUGCAUUUAUCGGUGCUUGCCUAUUGUGACGUGAAUCUUUUGACUUAUUGGUUAAAAUAUCACAGGAGAUAUCAGGUUCAGGUUUUGAUCAAAUAUUUCAAUGAUGGGCACCUACUGCAAUAAUAACCUAGUGUGCAACUUGUAUUACCCACACUACUCAAUAAUCAAUCGUGGUGUUCUGUCUAGAAGAAACUCAUCAUGCCAAAACCCAAUUUAUUUUGGUUUCCACAAACACCGUUUUGGUUCAGUACUAGCUGGUAUUGGUAUGGAGGAAGUUGUUAAAGAAGUGAAUGGAGAAAAUGAAAGAAGGUUUAGGUGGAUUGAGGUUGGCAAAAAGGUCACAAUAGAACAACGACAGGCCAUAUCUGAACUUCCUUUCAGGAUGUCCAAUCGAAGCAAAGCUUUGAUGAGACAGAUUAUAUGUUUUUCUGCAGAGAAAGGCACCAUAUCUGAUCUUUUGGAAUCAUGGGUGAGGAUUAUGAACCCUAUCAGAGCAGACUGGCUUUCAGUUCUGAAAGAGUUGAGAAUAAUGGAACAUCCUGUUUACCUUGAGGUUGCAAAACAUGCUCUUCAAGAGGAAUCCUUUGAAGUCAAUAUUCGUGACUAUACAAAGAUAAUCCAUUAUUAUGGCAAGCACAAUCUACUAGAAGAUGCUGAAAAUUUUCUCACACUCAUGAAGGAAAUGGGUUUCAUCUAUGAUCAAGUAAUUCUGACUACCAUGGUGCACAUGUACAGCAAGGCUGGCCAUCAUGACCGGGCCAAGGAGUAUUUUGAAGAGAUCAAAUUGCUUGGUGAACCUUUGGAUAAAAGAUCAUACGGCGCAAUGAUCAUGGCCUACAUCAGAGCUGGAAUGCCUGAAGAAGGAGAGAAUUUACUUCAAGAAAUGGAGACACAAGAAAUAACCGCAGGCAGUGAGGUUUAUAAGGCACUGCUUAGAGCGUACUCUUUAAUUGGCAAUGCUGAAGGUGCACAAAGGGUGUUUGAUGCAAUUCAAUUGGCUGGUAUCACCCCAAAUGAUAAGAUGUGCAGUUUGGUUGUUAAUGCUUAUGCAAUGACUGGACAAAGUCAAAAGGCUCUAAUUGCAUUUGAAAAUAUGAGAAAAGCAAGUUUCAAACCCACUGAUAAAUGCAUAGCUUCAGUAUUGGUUGCUUAUGAGAAGGAAGGCAAAAUAAAUACAGCAUUGGAAUUUCUACUAGAUUUGGAGAAAGAUGGCAUCGUGGUUGGGGAAGAAGCCUCUGCAGUGUUAGCUAAGUGGUUCCGAAAACUAGGGGUGGUGGAAGAGGUGGAGCUUGUUUUAAGAGACUUUGCCACCAGUCACCAGAUAAGUUAAUGUAGAAGUUACUUCGUAUUAUUUAUUUGAAGCUCUGUGGUUCAAUUUUAACUGUUUUGAAAAUGAAUUAAUAUGCAAUGCAAUGAAUAUUUGAGCUGUUCUGGAAAUGGUUCUUUGAUGAAAGUUACUCGAUGCAUUGGUACUCUAGCUUUGAGAUAUCAUGAACAUUAUGCAAUAUGCACUGAAUUUCUCCUGUCUUUUCCAUCCCUGAUCAAGCCACUAGAUCUACUGUGCUGGAUAUAAAGAUAAUGAACCAGUGUUACCCUUUUCCUUUAUCAUUUCAUUUCUCUAGGUUGAAAAUUCUAUAGUUGUAAGUUUUAAAACGUUUAUUGUUCACUUGUUAUUUACUCUUCUGGCCAAGACUAUUUCCAUUUCUCUCAGAUUCUAUUGCAACAUGAACAAUCAUUGAAUGUAUUGUGCCCUUCCCGUGCUUAAGUUCUCAGAUAGUAAAUGCUCCAAAACAUAAUUGAAUUUAUUAAGUGCAUGAUCAAUAAAGACUGAAUUUAUUAAAAUGGUCUUUUUUUAAAAUGCUAUAAAACAGAAUUGAACAUUUAACUACAAUAGGUUGAAUCAAGCAUGUGUUAAAUAGUUUGAGACACCUUGAUAUUUUGAAUUCAUUUAGAAAUAACAUUUUUAGGAGUCAAACGAAGACUUGAUGUGUAAGAUAAGGGGUAAAUGAAAAGAGUGGAAGCUACUUGCAUUUAAAUCUACGAAUAUCUAAUUCAACCCAAUUUAAUAAUGCUGUUGUUGGUUGGGUUGAGUAAUUAGAUUGAGAUGGUUUUUAAGUUUAUCCAAUUAAAAUUAGAUUAACUGAUCAUUAGUUUUAAACUGUAUGAGUGCGGUUCAAUCCAAGUAGUUGUGGAAAAUAAGGGAUAAGUGUUAGUAGAGGUGCUGAGUGAGUUGUAUACAAUUUGUGAAUCUGUAUAAUCUAAAUCCAAUAUAAUUUUAUUUUUAUGGGUUAGGGUAAUUGGAUUGGGUAAUAAGCUCAUGUCAAAAGUGUCCUAUUAAACAUAAUGCAUAAUAAUUGUAUAAUAAAAUUACUGAUUGACUAAUAAUUUUUCUAUAAAAUUGAUUGUAUGUUCUCUGAUAUGAAUAUUCUGUGUGUGUAAAUGUUAUAAAUAUUGUUCUUACAUUAUAAAAAUUAAGAAGUAUACAAACUAUUUAUUUUGAGAUAUCGUAUUUAUUAAGGGAUAAUAAUUUUUUUAAUGAAUCGUUUUGGUCUAUAUUUGAGCUAAGUUUUAAAUAAAAAUAAAUUCAAUUUAACCUAAUUAAUUUAAAUUAAUUAAAUUGAAAGUUAUUUUAAAUUCCAUCCCAUUUAAUCCACUCAUUGAAUUCUAUUAUUUAAAGGAAGAAAAUAGAUGCAAGAAGGAUGUUAAAUUUUAUAUAUAAAUAUACACAUUAAAUUUUCUCUCUGAACAAACCUAAAUUGAAUGGAAACAGAGUGCAAGACGUCAAAUGAAAAAUGUGAUGGAAAGGAAGACCGACCAGAGAAAUCCAUAACAAAUUUAAUAUUAGUUUACUCUCUAACUAACUAGGAGUAAUAAGUUUUUCACUUCAAAUUACAUCAACUAUUAUUGUAGUCUCUUCAAGCCUUAAAUUAAUUUUAGUAAAAUCUUAUGUUUAAGUAUUGUGUAUAUAACUACUAGUCCCUUAAAAGAUAUUGCAUAACUGUUUCAUCUUUUCUUUUAACUCAUACACUACUAACCAUUUUAAUUGAUUAAUAAACAUCACAUCAACACUAUUUUGAAUUACUUUCACCUUAAUUAUUUAAAACUGUCUCUUUGAAGGCCUGAUUUUGAUUGAAGAUAGUGGUAUCACUGGAUCCAACCUCACGUAGCGGGAAAAGGCUUUGGUGAUUGUUGUUGAAACACACAAAUUGUCCAUACCUUAAAUCUUUGCAAAAUCCAAAUUGGCUAAUUUCUUGUUUCAAAAGGUGAAAAAUAGUAGAAUCAUGAACAACAACGAAACAACUAGUUCACAGCAGCACCCUGGAUUUAUAUAAAAAGAUUUCAAACAAAUCUAUAAACAUCAAUAUUAAAGCUUUACUGUACUGAGAGAAAGGAGAAAGAUUAUAUCUUUUGUUGACUAAUUAGGAAUAACAACAUGCAUCAAACAGUGUAGAGGCCUCCAACAAUAAUUGAUUUUAUUUUGUGAAUUUGAUGAGUGAAAUGAUUUAAAGAUAAGCAUUUUGUUUGCAGCAUUCAACUGCAUCAGUAAACAUGUCCUCCACACUAUACUUGAACUCAAAACCAGCAUCCACCAGUUUCUGCGAGUUUAAAUGUGGCAACUUUGCACCUUUUAUAUCCUUCACCUCUCUGAAGGAACAACACAAAUCAAUCAUUAGUCCUACAGUUAAUACAAAACCAGAUACUGUAUAACUGUCACACCAACUUUUAGAUUUGUGGGUGUAUGUGAAUUGUGUGAUGUUAGAAACUGUGACUGAAACUGCAAUCUGAAAACUUGACUAUGUGCAAGGAGAACAGAACUUACUCUACAGAUGGUAUUUGAAAUUCUGGGUAUUUGGUUGAAAUAAUUUCAGCAAUCUCUUCAAUGGGUACAAUGAAGGGUGAACAGUUAUAUCUCCCUUUGGGAUUAGGAUGCUCCAGCAGAAAGAUAUGUGCUCUAGCCAAAUCAUCCACAUGAACCAUAUGGUAACGAAUCACUCCAAUUUCUUCCUUUUUGCC